AUGGCAGCAGCUCCUCCAGCCAGGGCGUCUGUGGCGGCGGUAGAAGCGGCCAGCGACUUGGGCUACUUGCUGAAGCCGCUCCACUGGGCGGCCAUCAUGAGGCAUCCGCGCAGCCCCGCCGGCUCCGAUCUCCUCUUCCGACUGUGCACACUCGUUUUCGCGACCGUCUGCUUUACCUUCUUCUGCUCUCAGAUAGUCGUGAUGUGCCGCGAGGGCACCGCGGACCUGGACGUCUUCACGCUGACGCUCAGUGUGGCUGACACCACCGCCAUCUGGCUCGUCCGCCUGCUACACAUCGCUGUGCGCGAGCGCGACUUCCAAAGGCUGGCUCUUCAGGUGGGCCAGGACUUCGCAGAGUUCCUGAGUGCGGACGACGUCCCUGUGUUGCUGGCGCAGGGCCGCACCGUGCGCCGCUUCACGCUGACCUACAUCUCGCUCGGAGUGGCCUUCUCAGCUUGCUGGCUGGUCUCCCCCGUCAGCCCCGACGGCCUGCCCUUCAUCCUGGCUCUGCCCUACGACGUGUCGACGACCUUGGGCUACACUGUCACGUGGGUCUACUGCACGGUGGAUACCGUGCACGUCGUGGUGAUGACCAUGGUGUUCGACUCCUUCAACAUCAGCCUCAUCGCUCAGCUACGUAUGCAACUUUCGCUGCUCAACAGGAAAAUUGUCAGUCUCGGCAAAGAGAACUCCUCACGACCCUUGGAUACAUUACAAAGUACUGACUACCGGGACCUUUAUUACCAACUAGAGAAGUGCGUCCUACACCAUCAAGCAAUAAUCAAGAAAGCAGACUUGCUGGAGAGGUGCCUAAGCGGAAUGUUGCUGGGGCAGAGCAUCUCCAUCGGCUCCGUCGCCUGCUUCCAGAUGUUCCAGGUCGCCCUGAGUGCGGAUGGAAUGCAGCAGAUUGGAAAAUUCGGCUUCUACUUGUUCGCCAUGCUUGCAGAGCUCUUCAUUUACUGCUGGUUUGGGGAUGACCUCAUUACAGAAAGCGAGAGCCUGGCCCUGGCGGCGUACGAUGCGGUGACGUCACUGCAGGGAUGCCCCCUCUCCAUCAAGAAGUCGCUGCUGCUGAUGAUGCACCGCGCGCAGAGACCUCUGCGAAUCACCGCUGGAGGCUUCUUCCCCCUCUCCAGGGAGUCCUUCGUGGCGGUGAGGAGGCUCAUUCUGCAUUACUGGAACCUUGUGUGA